CUCUCUCUCUCUCCCUCUCUCUCUCCCAGAUCUUCUCCUCUCAGUCAGUUAUGGAGCCCAGCAGUCCGAAGAAGAUCCAGUUUUCUGUUCCUCCGCUGCAGAGCCAGCUGGACCCCCAGGCUGCAGAACAUAUCCGUCGCAGGAGACCGACUCCUGCAACUCUGCAGAUCUACAGACAACCUGGCACAGAUGGAGAGCAGCUCAAUGCCAACGGAGAGGCUCAGGCUUCAGACCCUCAGAGCACCUUCACCCCCCCCCACCAUGAAAGUCCAGUUAUUGUGGGGUUUUUCCCGCUCUUUUCCUCAGAGCGGCAGCUUGGGGUGGAGCAGCACCUGCUGGGGGCGGAGCUUAAUGACCAGCUUAGCCCAAUCACAGCGCAGCUCUAUGCCACCUCCCUGUGGGCCAAUCACAAUGGGCCAGAGGAAGCCAAUGGGAAUGAAGCCAGUCUGCUCUUAGCCAAUCAGGAGAGAGGAGUGGCAGAGAGCAACAGUUCAGGCGGUAAUCUGUUGCUAAGGCAGAAAAUAUACACAACAACACAGCAGUCACCCCCGCACGCCCACGCCUGGACCCCCCGCACGCCCACGCCUGGACCCCCCGCACGCCCACGCCUGGACCCAGCACGCCCGGACCCCCAGCACGCCCACGCCUGGACCCCCCCCACGCCCACGCCUGACCCCCGCCUGAACCCCCGCACGCCCACGGCUGACCCCCAGCACGCCCACGCCUGGACCCCCAGCACGCCCACGCCUGGACCCCCGCCUGAACCCCCGCACGCCCACGGCUGA